AUGAACCCCACCACGCCCUCGAUCGAGGCGGUCCUGAGCCAAUUGACGAUUGAUGAGAAAGUUGCUCUCCUCUCUGGCGAAACAAACUGGAGAACGCCUGCCAUUCCCCGUCUCGGGAUCAAAGCUAUCAAGACCAGUGACGGACCCAAUGGCGUCCGAGGAGAAGCCAUCCAUGCCUCUACAAAGUCCAGCUGCUUCCCUUGUGGUGCGUGUAUGGGCGCUACCUUCAACCGCGACCUUUUGCACAACAUCGGCGAAGAACUUGGGAAGGAAGCCAAGCUCAAGAAUGCUGGUGUGAUCCUCGGUCCCACAAUCAACAUUCACCGACAUCCCUAUGGCGGUCGCAAUUUCGAAUCAUAUUCCGAAGACCCAGUAUUAUCCGGCGAACUAGCCGCCGCCUAUGUCAACGGAUUGCAGUCCCAAAGGAUAGCCGCAUCACCGAAGCAUUUUGUCUGCAACGAGUGCGAAGAGGAACGCCACCAGUCGAACUCAAUCGUAGACGAGAAGGUUCUCCGUGAGCUCUAUCUGGCUCCAUUUCAGACUUGCAUCCGCAAGUCCAACCUUUGGUCCUUGAUGACGGCUUACAACAAAGUCAACGGGAAAUGGUGCUCUGAAAACCCCUUCCUGCUGGAAACCAUCCUCCGGUGCGAGUGGAAGUACGACGGCUGCACGAUGUCUGAUUUUGGCGGAGUCUACACAGACAUCGAACCUAUCAAAUGUGGCCUGAACCUCGAAAUGCCAGGACCAUCUCUCCACCGCGGUGCAAAGACAAUCGAGGCUCUCAGCCAAGGCAAAUUGAACGAAGCAGAUAUUGACAACAACAUUGCUCAAAUUAUUAAUCUGUCCCGCAAGGUCGGUAUGGAUGAUGAAAAUGCCUUGGAAAAGGCAGCUCCGGAUGCGCAGACCUCAGUCAUCAUCAGACAAACUGCUACGGAGGGCAUAGUGCUCCUCAAGAAUACGAAUGACGUUCUUCCCAUUCCUCCCAAGACUUCAUUCAAAAUUGCAGUUUUUGGUGCGCCGGCAGCCGUCCCCCUCGUCCACGGCGGAGGUAGCCCAUCCUUAUCCUCUCAUUACGUGAUCGCGCCCCUCCAAGCUCUGCAGCAGACGUAUCAGAAUGUCGAAUACCUGUAUGGAGUGCCUAUCUUCCGUAAAAUACCCAGCGCACCAUUGGACUGCAUGACUUCAUCCUCGGGCAAGGCUGGAGUUGACUGCCAUUGGUACAACGGCUCGCGGUUUGGCGAGAACGAGAUCUUGCAUGAGCGCCUGGAUACCACUCGGACACUGGUGAUCGACUCUCGCAUCACAGGUCUCGAACGUGAACACUGCUCUCGCAUGGAGUGCACCUUGGUACCCAAGACAUCGGGGUACCAUACUUUUGGUGUCACCGCAUGUGGAGAGACCCAUAUCUACGUGGAUGACGAGGAGGUCGUCUCUCAUGAAGGGUUCAUUAGCACAAAAGUCCCCCAUAUCAUGCAGCCCUGGCGGUUUGAAAAGCGGGCAUCGAUCAAAAUGAAUGGUGGCCAAGGCUACAAGGUUCGUAUUGACACGUUCUCCACGGUCGCACCGCCACCACCGCCGCCUGCUCCUCAAAUUCCUCCUCAAGCAACCCAGGUUGGCUUCUUCGAGAACCUGGGCACACAGGACCUGAAGGAGUUGGAAGCCCUAGCCAGCAAGAGUGACGUUUCUAUCAUCUUCACUGGCAACAACAAAGAGUGGGAAUCCGAGUCCUUUGACCGAAAAACAUUCCACUUGAGCUCGGAGCAGGAGGAGAUGAUAUCAGCAGUCGCAGGCGCCUCGCAGCGAACGAUUGUUAUUAACCAAACCGGCGCCCCUAUCGCAAUGCCAUGGCUUGACAAAGUGGAUGCCGUUCUCCAGACCUGGUUUGCCGGUAUGGAGGUGGGAAACGCAGUCGCAGAUGUGCUGAGCGGGCAGGUUUCACCGAGCGGUCGUCUCCCGACCACUUUUCCAGCAUGCAUCAGCGACGUGCCUUCAGAUUCCAAUUUCCCCAUCGACAGAAAUCUUGACAUUCGGUACGCUGAGGGCCUUGCGGUCGGGUAUCGUGCGCUCCAAUGCCCAGGUGCGAAGCCGCCAUUGUUCCCUUUCGGAUAUGGCUUGUCAUACGCCAAGUUCGAUUAUUCCGAUCUUACCUUGUCCAAGGGCGAUGCUCCCUACCUCUACAACACCUCGGUCACUGUGACGAACGUGUCUCGGGUGCCAUCCAAGGAAGUUAUCCAGGUCUAUGUAGAUGGAAUCUUGAAAGCUUUCGAGAAAGUUUUUAUUGCUGCCGGAGACCACACACAAGUCCACAUUGGAUUAGAAAAGUAUGCGUUCAGCACUUGGAAUGCAGAGGCUAAAAGCUGGGAGAUUGAAGCCCGAGACUAUCAGGUAGAGAUCCGACGUGAUGCUCUGACUGUCAUUACGUCUCUGACCUGUACAGUCCUGCCUCAAGAGGCCUUCCAAUGGGCUGGUUUGUAG